AAGUGGCUGCAGAGUCUGGAUCUGUCCUACUCGGUCAAGAACGUGCGACGCGACUUUGCCAACGGGUUCCUGAUUGCAGAGAUCUUCUCUCGUUACUAUGUCCACGACGUCGAGAUGCACUCGUAUGACAAUGGCCAGUCCCUCCAGCGGAAGCUUGACAACUGGGCGCUGCUGAGCAAAUUCUUCGCGAAGAAGGGAAUCAAGCUCGACCGA